AUGAAGAAGCACAAAAAGGACGACCCCGAACACGAAUACUGCUCUCGCUGCGACGAGGACUUUGACGACGACGAGCACCUCCUCAUCCACAAGAUCAAAAGCGACAAACACGUUGUAUGUCCCAUCUGCGGUCUCGAAUUCCGCAGCGAGGGCGGUCGCGACGGUCACAUCCGGCAGUGCCACCGUACCAAACAGGACCUCGAAUGCUUUGGCUGCAAGCUCAAAUUUACCACGGCCAGCUCGCUGAUGCGCCAUGUCGAACAGGGCGAGUGUCCCAUCAUCAAGCCCAUGCGUGUCCUGCAGGAGCAAUCGAAGAAACUCAUGAUCAAGGAGGCCCUCAACGCUGGCGAGACGUAUUCCAUGCCUGUGAUCCCCGAUCCGUCUGACGCAGCUGAGCUUGACAUCGACGGAGGCGGCGUUUCUCUGAAUCCACGGGAGGCAGCUAACCGCGAGGCGAUGAGCAACCAGCCCUCUCGUCCGGGCAAAGAAGCCCCCUCUACUAUCAGCGCAAUGUUGGCUCUCAAGCACUGGCCCGCUCUUGGGGACAAGGCCGCCGAUGACAGUGCAGCAGCGGUGAACCUGUUGGAUAGCAUUGACCUUCCUUUGAGGGAUAACAAAGGCUGGCGUGAGAAGGAGAAUCAGAUUCCUGUGAACCCCGUCGCCCUGUCGGAAAUAUCUCCGGUCUCACCUCGGACGUUUGGACUUGGCAUCCCCGAAGCGGGGCAGACUAUUCGUGCCUUCCAUCAGAGCUGGGACCCGACAAAGUGGUUCAACUCCUUCAGUGGGGAGUACAUGUGUCCGUGCGGCAAGGGCUUUGCGCAACGCGAGAAGUUUGAAGAGCAUGUUCUCCAGAAGGCGCCCAUGGCAAGACAGGUGCAGUGUCCCGGAUGCCAACGCACCUUUAAGAGUACUUCUGCCCUGGUCGCCCAUUUGGAGACUGGUAGCUCACGCUGCGAUAUGAGCGGUGGGAAUUACUUUGGACAGCUGAUGGAUGAGUUGACUGGAGGUGUGAUCCAGGUGGCAGGGUACAAUGCCGAUGGAACUGUCAAGUACGAGGCCGGCGAGCUCGAGCUGCAGGAGACUACUACGGUGGGUGUGGAUCUGGACAAGAAGUGGUAG